AUGACUCCGAUGCUUCAAAGUGCGGGAACUUUAUUUUUGGAGUGCAUUGGUUUGUUUUUGUGUUGUGUUGGACGGUCGUCCGGUUUCGGGUAUUACAGUCACAGUGAAAGUAAUCAAAGAGACGGGACGGACAGACUUCUCUUAAUUCUAGUUGACGGUUGUCGAUGGGAUUAUCCUGAUCAGGACAGUGCCGGACUUCCGGGAUUCAGGAAACUGGCAGAAAACGGUGUCCGAGCACCUUAUGUAACUCCAAUUUUUCCGGCAAAUUCGUAUCCGAAUUGGUAUACUAUUAUGACAGGACUUUACGCAGAGAGUCACGGUUUUGUGCAGAACAUGAUGUACGAUGCUCAAUUCGGAGACUUCUUCCUGAUGGCUCCUAAUGACACUGCCUCGGUUUCGCACUGGUGGGACAGUGCGGAGCCGUUGUGGAUCACAGCGGAGAAGAAAGGAUUACGCUCUGCUCUCUACUGGUGGGACGGUUGUCAGGUUGAAAUACGUGGUAGGAAACCUACAUUUUGCCGAAAAUACAAAUACGUUGGAUAUGCUUGGCCAACAGUUAAUGAGGAUACACGUGAAGCUUUAUUAACAGCUCUUCAGUUACUACAGAAUAAUGAAAUUCACUUGGUACAAAUAUAUUAUGAACCUGUUGAUUUCUAUGGUCACAAAUAUGGGCCUAAUUCUAUAGAGAGAAAAAAAGCAGUCAAAGACAUCGAUAGUCUCAUAGACUUAGCUCAGAGGGAAAUGGCAACCAGAGGACUUUUAAAUAAGGUUAAUUUUGUUGUUUUGUCUGAUCAUGGGAUGACUUCGACCGACUCAAGAGGAUUAAGUGUGAUCAAUUUAAAUAAUCUCAUUGAUAUGGCUGAUAUUCAAUAUAUGGUUUAUUAUGGAGCGACAAGCAUGCUUCUGCCUUACGAUGGAAAACUGGAAAAAGUUUAUGAAGCUCUUAAAGGCAUACCAGGUUUGCAUGUUUAUCUGAAGGAAGAAAUACCUGAACAUUAUCACAUAAAGAACAGCAGAUUAAUACUACCUAUUCUCUUGGUGGCGUCCAAAAAUUAUUAUAUUCGCGGACUGGACAUUCCCGGGAAAAGCAUUCCAACAGGGUCAUCCAUAUCACUUGGCUCCCAUGGGUACGAUCCAUACGAGGUGCCAGAUAUGAGGGGAAUAUUCUUUGCACGAGGACCAGGUUUGAAAAAGAACUACCUCUCUUCUCCCCUUCAAAUGGUGGAUAUUUAUGGCAUUUUAUGUGAACUUUUAUGCAUCCAACCGUUACCUAACAACGGUACUAAAAAUGCAGCAAAAGGAAUCAUCGCUCUUCCAUAUUCUUCUGCCAACAGAUGUCAACAUUUCAACAUAUAUAUCACAAUGCAUGUUUCUGCAAUUUUAUACAUCUUACUAUGCAGACAUUCACCAUUCUUGACUUGACGGAUUAUAAAAGAUCUUUUUAUUCAUAAGAAUUUUGCGAAUCAUGCAUAAUCGCUAUGGAAUGCCAUAGAGUGGCGGGCAAAUUCCAUACUCUUUGAAUGGUAAUUAUUUUGAAGAAUAAGAAG